AAUCGACGGCGAAGAAGCGGGCAGCCCUGCUUCUCGCACAGCAUCUGGAUUGUCCAAAAAGCGCGUCACGCACGGGACCGAGCGGGUUUCGUGCGUUUUCAACGUCAUAAAGUUGGGUGAGGCACAAACAAGGCAUUAUAACAAGAGAAGAAACAGCAGAAAGCAAGUAAACAAACAAAAGGAAAGCAGCUCCCGUAAAUGUGUGGACACGCUGUAGUGGAUAAGGCACCGUAGGUUAAUCGAUUAUUUUAAGCUAAAAUGAGGCGAAUUAAUGCAAAAGAAAAAACAACGCAUACAUAUUGCCGGCACCCAGAGCUAGGCGAUUCCAUCUUUAGACCUUUCCCGUGAAGGAACGGAUCGCGAGAGGGAGCCAAGCCGCGGGCAUGUUCCGAUCAAUUUCCCAACACCCCAACCCAACCCAUCCCUCCCAUCCUCCCCCAUCACACAAGUUUCCCGUACGAUAGCAUUCCAAUAAUGAACCAAAAGCAAUACGAGAGCGAGGAAACGGGCAACGUGAGAGAACGACACUCGAAUCUCAACCCGUACAUUUGGGACUAGUUCCUGCGGUACCCACAAAAGGUGAAUCCUUCCCACCCACCACCCAACCUCCUAGCCUCCCCUUCCUUCCACCAUCCAUUCCGUGAGACGCAAGGUGUGUAAAUUUUCACUUCCGGUUGGGCGAAGGCACAAACACAACUGUGCGCGACGCAAGCCAGGAAGACAUAUUGUACAAUUGUUCUCUACACUAGAAUUAACUCCAUCUUAGGCGGCUCUCGUAUAUUGGUGCGAUUUUUGCGCACUUUCCCGCCGUCUGAGCUGCCGGCUGGAAGCAGCAGCAGCAGCAGCCACAAGGGACAGAGCGGGAAGGAAGAGAGCGAGCCAGCGAGUUGGAAAUGUAUUUAUCGUAAUUUAAUUCCCUGUAACUAUCUCUACGAUGCGACAGCAGGCGUGCCGGUUGGGCACGCCGUUAGUUUAUCAUAGCCAGGCGCAUAAUUGAGAUAUCGAGGCGGAGGCGGAUGUCCUUCGUUAGGGUUGUCUCGUGAAUACCACGACGCGC